CCAGACCCGAUAUCUUGUUCUGCGGGUGCAAUGACGGCCAGGAUCACUUCAGGUGUGAGCUGGGAACGCUCGGUCAGAUCACAUUCAAGGUAUCGGCCAAGAUAGAUAAGACAGUAUAUUUAGAGCGCUGCAGCAAUUUGGAUUAUCAAUUUUCAAAUAUUGCCGUCAAAUCUUCUCCUGCUUCCACUUUUCGUUGUCUUCUCUUCAUGUCGCCAAAGGUUACCAUUUCUAUCGACCGCGGCGGGACAUUCACCGAUGUCCAUGCCAUUGUCCCUGGCCGGCCGGAUAUUGUCCUGAAAUUACUAUCUGUCGACCCAGCCAAUUAUUCAGAUGCUCCAACUGAAGGUAUACGACGCGUCCUCGAACAUGUUACGGGCGAAGCUAUACCUCGAGGGCGUUCGUUGCGACUUGAUAGUAUUGGAUGCUUGCGCAUGGGUACGACCGUUGCAACCAAUGCAUUGCUUGAGCGCAAGGGCUCGCGCUCCGCUCUGCUUGUAACUAAGGGUUUUCGUGACCUAUUGCGCAUUGGCAAUCAGGCCCGCCCCGACAUCUUUGAUCUCUCAGCCCGUCGGCCAGGCGUGCUAUUUGAAGAUGUCGUUGAGGUCAAUGAGCGUGUCGUUCCUUCUCAUCCCCGUUCCGACGCCGCUGCGCUCUCAUCGUACCGCGCCAUUAUGGGAACCACGGGUGAGACGUAUCACGUCCUUCAAGAACUCGAUAUGCAGUCUGUUACUACCGAACUUCGCAGACUCAAGGGGGAGGGAUUUGAAUCGGUGGCUGUUGCGCUUGUCAAUUCCUUCGCUUGUCCGGAGCACGAGCGCUCGAUAGGUGAGAUCGCCUCACAGUUGGGUCUAUCGGUAGCUUUGUCUUCUAGUCUACAACCUAUGAUCAAAGUCGUACCUCGCGGCAUGUCUGCCACUGCUGACGCCUAUCUAACGCCUGUAAUCAAGACGUAUAUCGACAACAUCUCGUCUAGCUUUGAGGGUGGACUUGGUGGCAGCCACGGGUGCCGUAUUGAGUUUAUGCAGUCUGAUGGUGGUCUGGUUGACUUUCGCGAUUUCAGCGGCCUUCGUGCCAUCCUUUCGGGCCCUGCAGCUGGUGUGGUCGGUUUUUCGGCCACCAGCUGGGAUCACCAGGACAAAGUUCCCAUCAUUGGUUUCGACAUGGGCGGCACGUCAACCGAUGUAUCCCGCUUUGAUGGCCACUUCGACCAUACAUUCUCAUCAAGUAUUUCUGGCAUCAGUAUCCAGGCUCCACAGCUUGAUAUAAACACCGUUGCCGCCGGCGGUGGCUCUAUAAUCUCUUGGAAAAAUGGCCUUUUCAUGGUUGGGCCUGAGUCUGCCUCGGCUCAUCCAGGCCCGGCUUGUUACCGCAAAGGAGGGCCUCUGACCGUGACGGACGCCAACCUUUUCCUUGGAAGACUGCUUCCUGAAUAUUUUCCUAAGAUCUUUGGUCCUAAUGAGGACCAGCCUCUCGACCGCGAGAUCACACGCAAACUUUUCACCGAGCUCGCGGAGAAAAUCAAUGCUGACCAGUCAGUGCGCUAUACUCCAGAGGAAGUUGCUCUCGGUUUCAUCAAAGUUGCUGACGAAUCUAUGACUCGACCUAUUCGCAAUCUGACAGAAGCCCGAGGCUUCGAAAUUUCGAAACAUAAUCUUGCUUCUUUUGGUGGUGCAGGAGGUCAACAUGCCUGCAAUGUUGCGGCUUCGCUUGGCAUAUCGCGUAUCAUUAUACACAGAUACUCAUCGAUUCUCUCCGCGUUCGGCCUAGCACUCGCCAAUAAUGUGCACGAAUCCCAGGAACCCGUGGCCGCUGUGUACGAGGACAGCAAGAAGGCAAUGAUUCAGCGGCUGCAAAAGCUCCAGGAGAGCAAUCUGGUGCGACUCCAAUCUAAGGGCUUUUCUGCUACGCAGUUAAGUCACGAGCGAUUCCUUAAUAUGCGGUAUGAAGGUUCUGACACCGCCUUGAUGAUCAUGGAGCCGCAAGACGGCAAUUAUGCAAUCGCAUUUGUCGAGCGGCACCGUCGCGAAUUUAGCUUCACUAUGGACCGCCCCAUCCUGGUUGAUGACAUUCGCGUGCGCACUGUUGCCUCGUCUCAGAACCUUGCUGAAAAGCAACCUCUGCAGCAACUGCGGGAGGCAAAUCUCGUUGCUGCUGGCACGCCCACCGAACUGACCAAGGUCUACUUCGACUCUGUGGCCGGAUUCACCGAGACACCAGUUUUCCAGCUCAAGGCACUCAGCCCGAACACUCGUAUUCAUGGCCCCGCCAUUAUCAUUGAUGAGACACAGACGAUUGUCAUAGCCCCUAAUGCGGUUGCGUGUGUGCUACAGACGUGCAUCGUAAUAGAUCUCGAAUCAGAGCCCAAGAACAAGCUGGCCGAAGAAGCGACCUAUGUUGACCCCAUCCGCUUGACCAUUUUCGGUCAUCGGUUCAUGUCUGUUGCUGAACAGAUGGGUCGCACACUGCAAAAGACUGCCGUAUCAACAAAUAUCAAAGAGCGACUCGACUUCUCAUGCGCCCUUUUCUCUCCGGACGGAGGGCUUGUCGCCAACGCGCCACACGUGCCAGUGCACCUCGGCUCAAUGCAGUUUGCCGUCCGCUUCCAGCACAAGUGCUGGCUCGGGCAGCUUCAGGAAGGCGACGUUCUGGUUGCCAAUCAUCCCGUCUCAGGCGGUACUCACCUUCCAGAUGUUACAGUGAUCACUCCUGUGUUCGCGCCCGGUAGCAAUGAUAUCAUCUUUUACGUCGCUUCGCGCGGUCACCAUGCAGAUAUUGGUGGCAUCCUGCCUGGUUCUAUGCCACCCAACUCGACAGAGUUGUGGCAAGAGGGUACAGCUAUUGAAUCCGAGAAGGUUGUUUCAGGUGGCGUCUUCAAUGAGAAGCGUAUGCGGGAGCUGUUUUAUGACAUUCCAUCCCGCUUCAAGGGCUGCUCUGGUAGUCGUAACAUUAACGACAAUCUGUCGGAUCUGAAGGCACAAAUCGCUGCCAACGCUCGCGGUAUCAGUUUGAUCCAGAACCUGGUCCGCGAAUACGGCUUGCAGACUGUCCAGACCUACAUGUACGCUAUCCAGUCGACAGCGGAGCAGUCCGUACGCAAGCUCCUACAGGAUCUGUAUGAACAUUAUGGAGGUAGGCCUCUUGAGUCGAUCGACUUUAUGGAUGACGGCACGCCAAUCAAGCUGGUUGUCACGAUCCAUGAAGAUGGUUCUGCUAUAUUCGACUUCAGCGGUACUGGCCCUGAAGUCCACGGAAAUAUCAAUGCGCCCGAGGCAAUAACCCAUUCGGCUAUCAUCUACGCGCUACGAUGCAUGAUAAAGGCCGAUAUCCCACUCAAUCAGGGUUGUUUGAAUGCUAUUGACAUCCGCAUUCCUCGACCCUGCAUUCUCAGCCCAACACGCGCCGCGGCUGUUGUGGGCGGCAACGUCACGACGUCUCAACGGGUCACUGAUGUUGUGUUAAAGGCUUUGGGCGCUUGUGCAGCCUCUCAGGGUUGUCUAAAUAACUUGACGUUUGGAAUCGACACCAAGUUAAAUGAGAAAAGUGGGGUUGUCGAACCUGGUUUCGGAUACUAUGAAACCAUUGCUGGUGGUGCCGGCGCAGGUCCAACUUGGCAUGGGGAGAGCGGUGUGCACGUACACAUGACCAACACGCGCAUUACAGACCCGGAGAUUCUCGAAAAACGUUAUCCGUGCAUAUUACGGCGAUUCGAGCUGCGUCCUGGUACUGGAGGUAGCGGCCGCUUCCGUGGUGGCGAUGGUGUUGUGCGUGAGAUAGAGUUUCUCACGCCGCUCCAAUGUUCUAUCCUGUCUGAGCGUCGUGUCCACCACCCCUAUGGCAUGGAGGGCGGCAAUCCGGGCCAGACAGGCCUGAACUUGUGGUUGAGCAAGGCCAGUGUCACCGGUGAUGAUAGGACGGUUAAUAUAGGCGGCAAGGGAAGUGUAUCGAUGGGUGUCGGCGACCGUGUUGUUAUCAUGACCCCUGGUGGUGGCGGAUGGGGUUCGCCGGAAGUAGAAUCUUGAGAAAUACACAUACUUGGAAGCUGGUCGUAUUUUCAGGUCGAUAGGAAACCAUUGGAUUGAAGUCAUUUCUUAGGCUGUUUCAUGCUCGAUAUCAAAUGGAAUAGUUUAUAAUUUGAUGCAGG